GAUGUAUGUGACUGAUAUGAAGGCAGAAGAUAUAGAGGGAGAAGAAGAGACGUAUGUGACUGAUAUAAAGGCAGAAGAUAUAGAGGGAGAAGAGGAGAAGUAUGUGAGGGGUGAUCAGCAGUGUAAGGAGGAGGAAAUCCCUACAGAUAUCAGCACAGCAGGUGGACACACAAGCAGGAAUAUCUCAGAAGGACAUCUAAUGUUAUCCCCGGAUUGUGACAUAAAAGAUGACAGUAGACAGGAUUCUCCAGGAGAUAACCCCAUUACCCCAAUUAUACAUCCAGCUCUAUCAGCUGAUCCCUCUGAUCCUGGGAAAUGUUCUCCUGAUCACUCUGAUAUAGGUGCAUCUGUUACAGCUCUGACAGUAGAUACAGUGUUUCCAUGUUCUAUAGAUGCCAAAUGUAUUACACAGAACACAAAGCUUAUCACCCAUCAGGCAGCUAAGGCAGGUGAGAGGCCAUUUCCAUGUUCUGAGUGUGGAAAAUGUUUUACAUACAAGUCAGCUCUUGUUACACAUCAGGGAAGACACACAGGUGAGAGGCCAUUUUCAUGCUCUGCGUGCGGGAAAUGUUUUACCCGGAACUCACAACUUGUUACACAUCAGCGAAGUCACACAGGUGAGAAUCCAUUUCCAUGUUCUGAGUGCGGGAACUGUUUUACAUACAAAUCACUUCUAAUACAUAAGAGAUUGCAUACAAGUGAGAAACCAUAUUCCUGUUCUGAGUGUGGGAAAUGUUUUACAUACAAAUCAAGUCUUGAUGCACAUAAGAGUAGUCACACAGGUGAGAGGCCAUUUCCAUGUUCUGAGUGUGGGAAACAUUUUGCACAUAAAUCACAACUUGCUAGACAUCAGAGAAGUCACACAGGUGAGAGGCCAUUUCCAUGUUCUGAGUGUGGGAAAUGUUUUAUCUGGAAAUCACAACUUGUUACACAUCAGCUAAGUCACACAGGUGAGAAGCCAUUUCCAUGUUCUGAGUGUGGGAAAUGUUUUGCCCGGAAAUCACAACUUGUUAGACAUCAGCUAAGUCACACAGGUGAGAAGCCAUUUCCAUGUUCUGAGUGUGGGAAAUGUUUUGCAGACAAAAUAGAGCUUGUUAGACAUCAGAGAAGUCACACAGGUGAGAAGCCAUUUUCUUGCUCUGAGUGUGAGAAAUGUUUUUCACGGAAAUCACAACUUGUUAGACAUCAGCUAAGUCACACAGGUGAGAGGCCAUUUCCAUGUUCUGAGUGUGGGAAAUGUUUUGCCCGGAAAUCAGAUCUUGUUAAACAUCAGAGAAGUCACACAGGUGAGAAGCCAUUUUCUUGCUCUGAGUGUGGGAAAUGUUUUACACAGAAAUCAUAUCUUGUUAUACAUCACAGAAGUCACACAGGUGAGAAGCCAUUUCCAUGUUCGGAGUGUGGGAAAUGUUUUGCAGACAAACCAGAUCUUGUUAGACAUCAGAGAAGUCACACAGGUGAGAAGCCAUUUCCAUGUUCUGAGUGUGGGAAAUGUUUUGCCCGGAAAUCACAACUUGUUAGACAUCAGCUAAGUCACACAGGUGAGAAGCCAUUUCCAUGUUCUGAGUGUGGGAAAUGUUUUGCAGACAAAAUAGAGCUUGUUAGACAUCAGAGAAGUCACACAGGUGAGAAGCCAUUUUCUUGCUCUGAGUGUGAGAAAUGUUUUUCACGGAAAUCACAACUUGUUAGACAUCAGCUAAGUCACACAGGUGAGAAGCCAUUUCCAUGUUCUGAGUGUGGGAAAUGUUUUGCCCGGAAAUCAGAUCUUGUUAAACAUCAGAGAAGUCACACAGGUGAGAAGCCAUAUUCCUGUUCUGAGUGUGGGAAAUGUUUUACACAGAUAUCAGAUCUUGUUAAACAUCAGAGAAGUCACACAGGUGAGAAGCCAUUUUCUUGCUCUGAGUGUGGGAAAUGUUUUACACAGAAAUCAUGUCUUGUUAUACAUCACAGAAGUCACACAGGUGAGAAGCCAUUUCCAUGUUCUGAGUGUGGGAAAUGUUUUACACAGAAAUCAUAUCUUGUUACACACCAGAGAAGUCACACAGGUGAGAAGCAAUUUUAAUCUUCUGGAGUAUACUUAUCAUUGCCAUGCGUUGUUCUUCAAGGUUCUUAUUCUUAUCUUAUGUCCUGUGCUUUUUGCAAUAUACAUGCUACCACUGGGUGAAAUAAUCAGAUGUCAUGCCCUCAUCUACCACUGCUAUGCAGAUGAUCUGUCUUUUGCUCUGGGUACUGAGAACCCAGUACCAAUCCUAAAUGUCUCGCUGAGCUCCAGGUGUGGGUGAUGCCAGUUGGCUGUGACUCAAUCCUGGUGAAACAGGUCCUUAUGCUAGUUCGCCAACAAAGGACAGGGCUACAGCUCUGCUUUGUUACCAACCAGACUUACACUUGGGGGUUCAGGUUUACAAAAUGCUGGUCAUGUGCAGAAUCUUAGUGUCCUGGAUGGUGGAGGUAUCAGCCACAAUCAGAUCCUCAUCUGAGGAACAUAGCCAGACUCCAGCACUUUAUUCCCUCAGAAGAUCUACCUACAGUCAUACAUGCACUUGUAUCAUCACACAUAGACUACUGACAUUUGUGGAUUUAAAUAAGUACAUCAGGAAAUUAUCCAUCAAGAAAUUCUUUUUGAAUAAAGAACAUAAUGGAGAAGUGGAAGAGGCAUCGGAUGAGGGGACUCAUUUUAGACCUAAAUCCAUAUUUAACCCCACCCACAUGAGGGGAAGCUUUUUGGACACUUUCCUCAAUCUCUGCAUCAAUGAUGUACAAAAUUUGAGUCAUAAGGACAUCAAACAAAAUUGGACCAGAAAAGAG